AGGGAGAGGGGGAGGGGGGGCAGAUUUGCAUACCGCGUUGCAUAGUAAAUAAACUCCCCAAAGAAGCCUGCACUCAACAUUGAUGGAAUGCGAGCCGAGUGAUUUUGCCGUCUCCUGUGCAUCGACCGAGAAAUUGCUAUUAACAUGGCCGAGGCGCCGCUCAGCUGCGACGAGCCUCCCCCGAACGUUGAGAUCGACCCGGACUUCGAGCCCCAGAAGCGGCCGCGGUCCUGCACUUGGCCGCUGCCCCGGCCGGAGUCCAGCGCGGGCAAGCCCGGGGCGAAUGACGCUGACGUAAUCCCCGAAGAGGAGGAUGAUGAGGGUGGGAGCGCAGAGAGCGGCUCCGCGCAGAAACACGGCGACUCUGUGAACGAGCCGAGCGGCGGCGGCGGCUCCAUCUCCCAGCCCGUGGAGAUCCAGGGCGGCCCCCGCAAAGAGAACGGAUCCCCUUCCUCCGCACAGAUCCCCGGUGCGGCUCUCUGCGGCUCUGCCUCCCAGCAGCUGAGGAAGUCCUCCGCCCGCAGGAACGCCUGGGGCAACUACUCCUAUGCAGACCUCAUUACCCAGGCCAUCGAGAGCUCGCCGGAGAAGAGGCUGACCUUGUCCCAGAUCUACGACUGGAUGGUGAGGUCUGUGCCAUAUUUCAAGGACAAAGGCGACAGCAACAGCUCUGCUGGCUGGAAGAAUUCCAUUCGACACAAUCUGUCCCUCCAUAGCCGGUUUGUGAAAGUCCAGAAUGAAGGGACAGGCAAAAGCUCUUGGUGGAUAGUCAACCCGGAAGGCGGUAAAGGAGGCAAAGCUCCCCGUCGCCGGGCCGUGUCGAUGGAUAACAGCAAGUACAUCAAGGGAGCCCGAGGACGGGCCACCAAGAAGAAAGCCUCUCUGCAAGCUGCGCAGGACGGCAGCUCUGAGAGCUCCUCCAGCCUCUCCAAAUGGACGGGGAGUCCAACAUCCCGCAGCAGCGACGAGCUGGACGCCUGGACAGACUUCCGCUCCCGGACCAACUCCAAUGCCAGCACACUCAGCGGCCGCUUGUCCCCGAUCCUGGCCAACCUGGAGCUGGAUGAGGUCCCCGACGAUGACUCCCCUCUAUCCCCCAUGCUGUACUCCAGCCCCAGCAGCAUGUCCCCGUCCACUGGACCCACGGGACUCCUUGACCUGGCUGGUACGAUGAACCUGAACGAUGGGCUGUCAGACGACUUGAUGGACAACCUUUUAGACAACAUCAGCCUCACUGCAACCCAGCAACCUCCUCCUGGAGAGGAAGAUCCCGGAGCCGUCAGCCAGGGAGGCUCCGUGUUUACCUUCAGCUGCGCCAGCAGCCCCUCCGGAGGAUACGGGCCGAACCCUCUCUUCAGCCCCACAUCCAUCACAAGCUUGCGGCAGUCACCUAUGCAGACCAUCCAGGAGAACAAGCAGACCACCUUCACUUCCAUCUCGCACUUUAGUGAUCACCAGGACCUGCUGAGCCUGGACUCCCCCAGCCACAACAACGUCCUGCUCACCCAGUCUGACCCCCUGAUGUCGCAGGCCAGCACCGCCAUCGCCCUCCAGAACUCUCGCCGAAACGCUCUGUUGCUCCGCAAGGACCCCAUGAUUUCUAAUCUCGGCGGAGUGGGUCAAAGCGCUUCAGUGCCUGGUUGGCAAGCUGGCUUGUCGACCCCCGACAUCGAUGGAGGUGGCCACGCCAAUGCCAAGCCGUCGCACAUAAAGUCUCCCAGCAAGAACGCCACGAUGCAGGACCGCUUCCCCAGUGAUCUGGACCUGGACGUGUUCGACAGUCUGGAGUACAACAUGGACUCAAUCAUCCGCAACGAACUGAUGGAAGCGGACUGCCUGGAUCUGAGCUUCGACGCCCGCCUCGACUACACCUCCACCCAGAACGGCAACAGAAACUCGGGAAGCUUCUCCGGCGCAAAACAGACCUCCCCUCAGAGCUGGGUGCCAAGCUGAGGAGCAGCACCUGAACGUGUAAAUUUGGGUUCAUUGACCUGCGUUGAGCACCUAGAGGGGAAAAAGUGUAUUUAUGUAGUAUUUUCUUCCAAUGUUUUUAAUGUGAGGCAUUUAGUGCGGUACUGUAUUUCAAGUGUCUGAGACACACACAGCGGUAUGACGGCAUACUACGUCCAUUGUGGAUAGGGGUAAAAAAGGAGAAGUACAUUUCUGCCAAACUGAGAUUAAUUUCCAAAUUUUAGGGAAAAAAAACUUGGGAACUUCUGAGUUUGAAAAGUCAAGAAUUUGCUAAAACAAAUCUCAAAUUUGGACGUUAAUAUCUGAUAUCUUCUAGAAAAAUAUUUGAAAUUGAGUUUCAAAAGUCAAAUUUCCAAGUUUUUUCCUAAAAAAUGUCUGAGAUUUAUCUAAAAUUUC